AUGGUGGAGGAGCGUGCGGAAGGCGCCGCCUCAGCCGUGAUUGCGGCGCUGGCCUUUGGCGCAGGCGUGUGGGCAGUGAUGGGCGAGCAGAAGGGCGCCGAGUACUUCGCGGGAUACCUGCUGGAGCAGUCCCUGUCGGUGGAUAACCUGUUUGUGUUCAUCCUGGUCUUCAACUACUUCAAGACGCCCAUCGAGUACCAGAGCAAGGUGCUGACGUACGGAAUAGCCACCGCAGCGGUGCUGCGCCUUGUGCUCAUCGUGGCGGGCGUGGACAUAGUUGAGCGGUUUGAACCGGUGCUGCUGGUGUUCGCCGGCAUCCUGCUGCUGUCCAGCGCCAAGCUGCUGACGGCGGGCGGCGAUGAGGAGGAGGAGGAAGACUUGAGCAAGAACAAGAUUGUGCAGUUCUGCAAGUCUCUCAUGUCAUUCACCGAUUCGUACGAUGGCGACAAGUUUUUCACCAUGCAGAACGGCGUGCGCGUGGCGACGCCGCUGCUGCUUGUGCUGCUGGUGGUGGAGCUGUCCGAUGUUGUGUUUGCUGUAGACUCCAUCCCCGCGGUUUUGGGCGUAACGCUGGACCCCUUCAUCGUGUACACUUCCAAUCUCUUUGCCAUCCUGUCACUGCGAGGUCUCUACACCUUUGUCUCCACCUUCAUGAAGGAGCUGCGCUUUCUGGACAAAGCGGUGGCGGUGGUGCUCGGGUUUGUGGGUGGCAAGAUUUUGGCCCAGUUUGCGGGCCUUGACGUGCCCACCGAUGUGUCGCUGGGUGUGGUGGCAAGCAUCCUGGGCCUCGGAGUGGGGGCCAGCCUGCUGCCAGCUGGCAAAGAAAGCGACUGA